CCCGGGCAGAAGCUGAGCACCCUGCGCCCGAGGAGCCCCCGUUGGCCUGGGGGGGCUGAGGGACUGAGCCCCCCAGAGCAGGACCUCCCCCUGGAAGGGCCGCGCCGCAGUCCGUGGGAGGGCCUCGCCCCCGGCGCUCCCCAUCUCCACUCGCUGCUGUCCCGGCCUCCGCCGGAGGGAGGGGCCGAGCGCCCUCGGGGGGCCGUGGACCCCGGCGUUCUGAGCGUUCCGCGCCCCGCGCCGCCCGGCCCCCCCGCCGCCGAUGGCCGCCGACCCGCCGGGAGCUGCCGAGAAGGGAGAGAUGGCUCCCGGGACACGUGUGAGCCCUCGGCGUUGCUGACGCCCCCAAUGUCGUCGAGCAGCCGGGGGCCGGGGGCCGGAGCGCGCCGACGCCGAACCCGCUGCCGUCGCUGCCGGGCCUGUGUGCGAACUGAGUGCGGGGAUUGCCACUUCUGCCGAGACAUGAAGAAGUUUGGGGGGCCCGGGCGCAUGAAGCAGUCGUGCCUGCUUCGGCAGUGCACUGCGCCCGUGCUCCCACACACAGCUGUAUGCCUCUUGUGUGGGGAGGCAGGAAAAGAGGAUACAGUGGAGGGAGAGGAAGAGAAAUUUGCUUUGAGCCUCAUGGAGUGUACAAUUUGCAACGAGAUCGUCCACCCUGGCUGCCUGAAGAUGGGAAAGGCUGAGGGUGUUAUCAAUUCAGAAAUUCCCAACUGCUGGGAGUGCCCCCGAUGUACCCAGGAAGGACGGACAAGCAAGGAUGCAGGUGAGGGGCCAGGGCGCCGUAGGGCUGACAAUGGUGAGGAAGGCGCAAACCUAGGGGGUGGAUGGAAGCUGACAGAGGAGCCACCACCGCCACCACCCGUGCCCAGAAGAAAGGGACCUUUACCUGCUGGCCCUCCCGCUGACGAUGUGCCUGGGCCCCCCAAACGGAAGGAGAGGGAGGCGGGGAAUGAGCCUCCAACCCCAAGGAAAAAGGUGAAAGGAGGCCGAGAGAGGCACUUGAAGAAGGUGGGUGGAGAUGCCUGCCUCCUCCGAGGAGCGGACCCAGGCAGCCCCGGCCUUCUGCCCCCCAGGGUUCUGAAUCCAAGCCAGGCAUUCUCAUCCUGCCACCCUGGGCUCCCUCCCGAGAACUGGGAGAAACCAAAGCCACCUAUGGCCUCUACUGAGGGACCCGCAGCGCCAUCCCCAUCACCACAGAGGGAGAAACUGGAGCGUUUUAAGCGAAUGUGCCAGCUGCUGGAGCGGGUGCCCGAUACCUCCUCUUCCUCCUCAGACUCGGAUUCUGACUCAGACUCAUCUGGCACCUCACUGAGUGAGGAUGAAGCUCCGGGGGAGGCCCGGAACGGGCGGCGGCCAGCCCGGGGCAGCUCCGGAGAAAAGGAGAACCGUGGGGGUCGGCGAGCUAUACGCCCUGGCAGUGGGGGACCACUGCUCAGCUGGCCCCUGGGUCCUGCUCCACCACCACGGCCUCCACAAUUGGAGCGGCAUGUGGUACGCCCCCCUCCUCGAAGCCCCGAGCCUGACACUCUGCCUUUGGCUGCUGGAUCCGACCACCCCCUGCCUCGGGCUGCCUGGCUUCGUGUCUUCCAGCACCUCGGACCCCGAGAGCUGUGUGUCUGCAUGCGAGUCUGCCGGACUUGGAGCCGCUGGUGCUAUGACAAGCGUCUGUGGCCUAGGAUGGACCUAAGCAGGAGGAAGUCGCUGACCCCACCCAUGCUUAGUGGGGUUGUCCGCCGCCAGCCCCGAGCUCUGGACCUCAGCUGGACAGGUGUCUCCAAAAAGCAGCUCAUGUGGCUUCUGAAUCGACUGCAAGGCCUGCAAGAGUUGGUGCUUUCCGGGUGCUCCUGGCUUUCCGUCUCUGCCCUGGGCUCAGCCCCACUACCGGCAUUGCGGCUCUUGGACCUCCGCUGGAUUGAAGAUGUCAAAGACUCCCAGCUUCGUGAGCUGCUGCUGCCUCCACCAGACACUAAACCAGGGCAAACGGAGAGCCGAGGUCGGCUGCAGGGAGUGGCAGAACUUCGCCUAGCUGGCCUGGAGCUCACUGAUGCCUCCCUGAGGCUCCUACUGCGCCAUGCUCCCCAGCUCAGUGCCCUGGAUUUGAGUCACUGCGCCCAUGUCGGGGACCCAAGUGUCCACCUCCUCACGGCUCCCACUUCCCCUCUCCGAGAGACACUGGUGCACCUCAAUCUUGCUGGAUGCCACCGCCUCACGGACCACUGCCUUCCACUGUUCCGUCGCUGCCCACGUCUUCGCCGCCUGGACCUACGCUCCUGCCGCCAGCUCUCACCUGAAGCUUGUGCCCGGUUGGCAGCUGCUGGACCCCCUGGCCCCUUUCGCUGCCCAGAAGAGAAGCUACUUCUCAAGGACAGCUAGUUGGGUGCCUGUAUUCCCUUCCCCCAGGACUCCACACGAGCGCCUGGACCUGGCGCCUUCAUUUCACCCCCUAUUGGGAGGCCAGGUUAUUUUUCUUCAUGACUUGGCUCUCUGCUAAGUUUAAUGACUUGGGAUUCCUGCCCAGGGACCUGAGCCAGCCUUCCCCUUCUCUCCCACCUGCACUGAUAUCUCUGGGGGUCUUUGCUUCCCAUCUCUCCUUUCCACCUGCUUCAUUGUCCGUCCCCUUGGGGGAGUGGGUCAAGGGGUACUGGGGAGGUCCUGAGCCAAAGGGAUGGUGGGGGGGCCGUGAAGGCGCAAGUAGGGAAGAAUGAGGGGAAAUUGUAUCUUGCACACAGGAUAC